AUGGAUUUUCAUUCUCAUUCAUUAUUAUUAAAACAAUCUGAACAAGAAUAUAUUCAAUCAAAAAUAUCGAAUAUUAAUUCUAAACAGAUUUUAUCACAAUUCAUACAUAAUCGUUUAAAACAUCCUCGAAAACCUUGUAGUCCUUAUCUUAUUCGAAAUCAUGAUCGUAAUCGUCAACGCCGUCGUCGUCGUGUACCAGUAACAUUUGACAUUACUCAUCAAUCUAAAAAUUCAAAUGAAAUUAAAAAUCAAUUGAAUCUAAAUAAGAACAAAAUUAAUAAUGAAUUAUUAAAACCAAUUGAAAAUAUUGAACAAGAAGAAAAUCAUUUGAAUAAUUCACAUGAACAAAUUAACGAACAACAAGCACAAUUACAGAGAGCUAUAUAUAAUGCUAAACAAACACCAUUAAUUCCUUUUAUUGUUGAUAUAGAUUAUCAUUCAUUAUUUGAUUUAUCACAACAACAGAAUGAUCUAUUGACUAAUAUUUUAAGUUUAGUACAUAAUGUUAAUGAAGAGUGUUCAUUUUUCGAACAAUUUAGAAUUUAA